AAAGAGUGUCUAGCCAUUGUUUGGACAGUCAAUUAUUGGCGGCCAUAUUUACUCGGAAACACCUUUGACAUAGUGACAGACCAUCAAAGUUUAACGUGGUUGCAAGGAUUGAAAGAACCGAAGGGUCGUCUCGCCAGGUGGAUCUUUGCCUUACAGGAGUACGAUUUCAAAAUCAAGCAUCGCCCGGGUCGACAACACAGCAACGCAGAUACCUUAUCGCGUUUCCCUCGAGUGACACCCCCGCAGAUACCAGACCAAAGCGUGGAUGAGGACUUGAUGGUCGGUGUAAACGGUACCGAGGUGUGCACGUCGUGGUCCAAGACAGAAAUCUUAAAGGCACAACAGGACGACCCAAGCAUUUCCAUGAUAAUGCAGAAGUUAAGCUGCAGCGAUGAUCUACCAGAGGAAGGAAAUGAUAAUGAUAAUUCUAAGGAGAAUGGUGAAAGGCGACGCUACAGACAGUUGUGGUCACAACUAGAAAUGGUAGAUGGCGUUCUACACCGUUGUGUAGAUAAAGGUACUCCAUCGAAGCGACUAGUUUUGGUUGUCCCUCGAAAGAUGCGUUGCGACCUUUUAAAACUUUCUCAUGAUGACCCAUGUUCGGGACACAUGGGAAUAAACCGCUGCUUAGAACGUCUGCAACGACGAUAUUAUUGGCCGGGAAUGGCAGCAGAAGUGCAACUAUGGAUAGCCGAGUGCGAAAAGUGCAACAGACGGAAAACACCCGUCCCAUCUCAAAAGGCACCCAUGCAGAGCAUAGAAAUUGGACAACCGAUGGAACUGUGGGCUAUGGACGUAUUAGGUCCACUUCCUAUGACUGCACGGGGGAACCAGUACAUCUUGGUUAUGUCCGAUCACUUUACCAAGUGGGUAGAGGCGGUGCCAAUGCCCAAUCAACGUGCCGAGACGGUAGCUAAAGCCUUCGUUAAUGAAGUAGUGACUCGACAUGGAGUCCCAAGUAAACUUCUAACCGAUCAAGGAAGGAACUUCGAGGCCGAUCUCAUGAAGCAAGUGUUCAGUCUCCUCGGUGUGCGAAAACUAAGAACUUCGCCGUACCAUCCCCAAACGGACGGACAAGUUGAGAGAAUGAAUCGCACGUUAAAGGGAAUUCUGACAGCUUAUGUAAAUAAGGACCAUAAUGAUUGGGACGAUCACUUACCACUGGCCUUGUUUGCAUACCGUAACAGUGUGCAUUCCUCGUCUGGGGUUUCACCUUUCCAGGCAAUUUAUGGUCGCGAAGCCACUACACCGCUGGUACUUAUGAACACCGAAACUGAAGUUAAGGAACAGUUUAUUUCAAAUUACUGUGAUGAACUGGAGAAGACAUUAAAGGACGUACAUCGCAGCAUCAAAACGAACAUUGACGUGGCGCAAAGUAAGCAGAAGAAAGGGUACGACGAACAUAAUGACGUUGACCGAAGUACAGCGCUAAAGGAAGGGGAUCGGGUGUGGCUCAAUAACAAAGCGGUACCAAAGGGCUUGAGCCGAAAAUUCCAUUCACCGUGGACGGGGCCUUACGUAGUGAUCAAGAGACUGGGCAAGGUAAACUACCAUAUCAAGCCGGGGCCUGGGAACGGUAAGACAAAAGUGGUACAUCGCAAUCGACUUAAGCUAGACAUACGCCAGCCUAGAAUCGAAGAAACCCUGUCUGUUGAUCAACCAGAAAAGCACAACUCGAGAGUCGAAUUGCUCCCAGGCGAGCCAGUGAUACAUCACGGAGAGAGGCUGGCAGACGCACAGCUGUUACCAGCAGAGGAGCUGAUCCAAUUGCGUAGGUCUAACCGUAAUCGCCGACAACCUGAUAGAUAUCAGGAUUAUAACUUAGAUGAACUAGAGAUCGAGGACGCUCUCAAUUAA